AUUCAUCAUCAUCAUCAUCACCACCACUUCAAGAUUUGGCAAUACGGUACGAUAUCUUUUGUUCUGUGUGGAACAGUCGAAUACGUUUGAGUGGUAUAAAUAUAUACCCAUUCGGCACCCUUUUGUCUUAUAUCUUUUUCCAAGUCUGGCAUAUAAGAAUCCUGUCAUUCUACACCUCAAUUCUACCCGAUUAAUACACCACCGACUCCAUCGAUCGAGGAUCAAUCGCCGGCAUACAUCGCCUUGAAUAAUCUUAACCCCGUCUAGACAAAACAUCAGCCAUCAUGUGGUACCACGUCGCAGAGCCGAAUUCCUACCUCGUAAUUACGGGAGUAGGGAUUCAAAAGGUUCUCAUCAAGAAAAAGGCCUUCGUCUACCCUCUGCAAAAAGUCUCCAAAAUCUCAAUCACACCGUUUGACUUCUCAAUGUCGCUACAAGCAAUGACGAUUGAGAAGCUUAAGUUCUCCCUCCCAGCAGUCUUUACAAUCGGUCCUGCGGAUAACCCAGAAGCUUUGGAAAAGUAUGCUGUUUUGCUUACAGGCGAGAGCGACGGCAGACCGACACAAAAUGCGUCAAAGGGAGUGGUUGCAGUAGCUGAGGGGCGCAGCCAUGUCCAGGAUAUCGUCAAGGGAAUCAUUGAGGGCGAGACAAGAUCAAUAGUUUCCACAAUGACCAUGGAGGAGCUGUUCCGCGAGCGCAGAAUCUUCAAGGAAAAGGUCAUUCAACAGGUACAAUCGGAGCUCGACCAAUUCGGUCUCUGCAUCUACAAUGCCAACGUCAAGGAACUGCAAGACACGCCAGGGUCAGAGUACUUUGCUUUUCUCUCACGCAAGGCACACGAGGGUGCUCUGAACCAAGCUAAGGUCGACGUUGCCCACGCCCGCAUGCAGGGUGAGGUUGGCGAGGCUGAAAAGCAGGGCAAGACCAAGCAAGAAGUGGCAAAGAUCCACGCCCAAACCGCUGUCCUCGAAACCGAGCGCAAGGCCGAAAAGGCCACAGCAGAUGCAAAGUUUACCGACAAGGAGAUUGAGAUUAGCAGGGACCUCAACGUAGCCAGGAUCAACGCUAAGCGCGAAGCUGAACGCCGCGAUGCGGAGCUUCAGAUGGAAGUUGAGAAGAAGAGGGCACUCAUGGAGCUUGAGCGUCUCCGAGCUACUAAGGUCGUGCAGGCGAAGAUUGAGAAGGAAUCUUCGCAACAAAAGGCUGAUGGAGAACUCUACGCUCAGGAAAAGGCCGCGGAGGGCAAAAAGUACAGCGAGCAAGCCGAGGCCGAGGCGGUCGCCUUCCGCCGCCUGCGUGAUGCAGAGUCGAACUUCCAAGCCAAGGAGCGCGAGGCAGAAGCCAACUUCAUCGUCUCUAAACGGGCCGCCGAGGCUGAGUACUAUACCCAGGAGCGCAAGGCCCAAGCUGAGCUAAUCACGCAGCAACGCCAAGCCGAAGGUCUAUCCGCAAUGGCAAAGGCCUACGGCGACAUGGCCAAUGUCCUGGGUGGACCUCAAGGCCUAAUGCAGUACCUCAUGAUCACCAACGGCACCUACGAGAAGCUGGCUCUGGCCAACGGCCAAGCCAUCAGGGGUCUGCAGCCUAAGAUCAGUGUCUGGAACACUGGAAACCAAGGGGGCGAGGGCAUGGCUGAUCCUGCAGCUCCAAUCCGCAAUCUCUUCCAGAGUCUGCCUCCUCUGCUUAGCACCAUCCAUGAUCAGACUGGUAUGGCACCGCCCACGUGGCUGGCUCAGAUGCCGCAGAACGGUGAUAUGAGCAAGAUGCAAUUGAGGAACGGUAGUAAUAUUUCCUCAUAAAGGCGGGAAGCGGUGAUCUUGAACCCCCCCCCCUCCAUAGGCUCAAACGGGACGACCGGGUUUGAUCCAGUAAAGACUGAAGAACGAGCGUACGGGGUAUCAUAUGUUGUACGAUUGGUUGUCAUACCCCAUAAUUCACUGUGUAUGUAGCUAGAUGUUAGAGGAUUUUUUGGUAUACAACAUAGGUUGAUUUUGUUUUUGAGGAGUGGUACUUCUGUGGUACUGUAUUGAAUUAAUUAUAUAGAGUAAUGAAAAAACGACUUAGC